ACUGAGGACUGCAUCUGCUGCCAUCUGCCGAUCUGUCUAUCUACUCCAUUGCCUGCUCUGCCGGCUUGGUGCUCGUGGUUCGUACGUCAAGUUCGUCAACUCUUGCACGAUGGCAGCGGUUAUGACAUUAAACCCCAAAGCUGAAAUAGCACGUCAUGCACAGGCACUUUCCGUUAAUAUAAAUGCGGCCAGAGGACUACAGGACGUACUUCGAACCAACCUGGGUCCUAAAGGGACAAUGAAAAUGCUUGUGUCUGGCGCUGGAGAUAUCAAGAUAACCAAAGACGGUAAUGUAUUGCUUCACGAAAUGCAAAUCCAAGUCCCAACAGCCAACCUGAUUGCGAGAGCUUCGACGGCACAAGAUGAUAUCACCGGUGAUGGUACAACGUCGACAGUGCUUAUUAUAGGAGAACUCUUAAAGCAGGCUGAUCUUUACAUCUCUGAGGGGCUCCAUCCCCGAAUCUUGACCGAGGGUUUUGAACUGGCCCUGGCCAAGUGCCUCGAAACAUUGGAAGCCAUGAAGAUCCCGCAGAAGAUGGACAGAGACAUUCUCGUCAACGUCGCUCACACAUCUCUGGCAACGAAGGUCAGCGCGGACGUUGCCCAGCAUUUGACUGAGGUGUGCGUGGAUGCCGUCUUGGCUGUGCACCGUCCCGGAGAGCAGAUCAACCUGCACAUGGUGGAGAUGAUGGAGAUGCAGCACAAGACGGAGCUGGACACGCGUCUGGUGCGAGGCCUGGUGCUGGACCACGGCGCGCGCCACCCGGACAUGAGCAAGCUGGUGAAAGACGCCUUCGUGCUGGCCUGCAACGUCUCCCUGGAGUACGAGAAGAGCGAGGUGAACGCGGGCUUCUUCUACAAGUCGGCGGAGGAACGGGAGAGGCUGGUCCAGGCGGAGAGGCAGUUCAUCGAGAACCGGGUGCACAAGAUAAUCGAGCUGAAGCGCAAGGUGUGCGACACCCCGGACAAAGGUUUCGUCGUCAUCAAUCAGCAGGGCAUAGACCCCAUGUCUCUCGACCUGCUGGCCAAGGAGGGCAUCGUGGCGCUCCGAAGGGCCAAGAGGAGGAAUAUGGAACGGCUCUACCUGGCAUGUGGCUGUUCCCCUGUCAACUCUGUGGAUGACCUGUCUCCUGAAGUGCUGGGCUUUGCCGGCCAGGUGUACGAGCACGUAUUGGGAGAGGACAAGUUCACCUUCGUGGAGGACCUCAAGGAUCCCCGCUCGGUGACUGUUCUCAUAAAGGGUCCUAACAAGCACACGCUCACGCAGAUAAAAGACGCCGUGCACGACGGACUGCGCGCUGUGAAGAAUGCCAUCGAAGAUGAAUGCGUAGUUCCUGGAGCCGGGGCCUUCGAAAUAGCAGCCCACGUAGCCCUGACGGAGAUGAAGCCGACGGUGAAGGGUCGAGCCCAGCUGGGCGUGCAGGCGUUCGCCGACGCCCUGCUCGUCAUCGUCAAGACACUGGCCGCCAACAGCGGGCUGGACGCGCAGGACGUCCUGGUAAAGCUGCUCCAGGAGCGGCGUAUCACGAACCAGCCGGUCGGCAUCAACCUGACCACUGGUGAAGCGUCAGUGCCAGCCAAUGAGGGUAUUUUCGACAAUUACUGCGUCAAGAGGCAGCUCCUCAAUUCCUGCACGGUGAUAGCGAGCAAUUUGCUGCUGGUGGAUGAGAUCAUGUUUGCGGGUGUGUCCAAGUCUGGAAAGUGAUUUUGCUGCUGUUUAAAUAAAUUUUUUUGUUGCUUUA